AUGGCCCUUACGGGCGCCCAGGGGGCGACCCUUAUGCCGGGAUCCCCGGCCCAGGUCGCCCCCGCUAGCGCCGCGUCCUCGUCGUCCGCCUCCUCGGGCGAUGCGUGCCCCGCGGGCACCGGGCUGUGGGCCGCGCUCUACGAUUACGAGGCGCGCGGCGAGGACGAGCUGAACCUGCGGCGCGGCCAGCUGGUGGAGGUGCUGUCGCAGGACGCCGCCGUGUCGGGCGACGAGGGCUGGUGGGCCGGCCAGGUGCAGCGGCGCCUGGGGAUCUUCCCCGCCAACUACGUGGCGCCGUGCCGCCCGGCCGCCCGCCCCGCGCCGCCCCCAGCGCAGCCACCGAGACCCGGCUCGCCCGUGCACGUCGACUUCGAGCGGCUGGAACUCAAGGAGCUCAUCGGCGCCGGCGGCUUCGGGCAGGUGUACCGCGCCACCUGGCAGGGCCAGGAAGUGGCGGUGAAGGCGGCGCGCCGCGAUCCGGAGCAAGACGCGGCGGCGGCGGCGGAGAGCGUGCGGCGCGAGGCGCGGCUUUUCGCCAUGCUACGGCACCCCAACAUCAUCGAGCUGCGCGGCGUGUGCCUGCGGCAGCCGCACCUCUGCCUGGUGCUCGAGUUCGCGCGCGGCGGGGCGCUCAACCGCGCGCUGGCCGCCGCCGCCGCCGCCGCGCCCGAUCCACGCGCGCCGGGUCCGCGUCGAGCGCGGCGCAUCCCCCCGCACGUGUUGGUCAACUGGGCUGUGCAGAUCGCGCGCGGCAUGCUCUACCUGCACGAGGAAGCCUUCGUGCCCAUCCUGCACCGGGACCUCAAGUCCAGCAACAUCUUGCUGCUGGAGAAGAUCGAGCAGGACGACGUCUACAACAAGACGCUGAAGAUCACGGACUUCGGGCUGGCCCGCGAGUGGCACAGGACCACCAGGAUGAGUGCGGCUGGCACCUACGCCUGGAUGGCCCCUGAGGUCAUCAGGUCCUCCCUGUUCUCCAAGGGCAGUGAUGUCUGGAGCUAUGGCGUGCUGCUAUGGGAGCUGCUCACGGGAGAGGUGCCCUACCGUGGCAUCGACGGUCUUGCUGUGGCCUAUGGUGUGGCUGUCAACAAGCUCACUCUGCCCAUCCCGUCCACCUGUCCCGAGCCGUUUGCCAAGCUCAUGAAAGAGUGCUGGGAGCAAGACCCUCACAUCCGCCCGUCCUUCGCCUUGAUUCUCCAGCAGCUGACCGCUCUAGAAGAGGCCGUGCUGACCGAAAUGCCCCAGGAUUCUUUUCAUUCCAUGCAGGAUGACUGGAAACUGGAAAUUCAGCACAUGUUUGAUGAGCUGAGAACCAAGGAAAAGGAGCUGCGGUCCCGGGAGGAGGAGCUGGUGCGGGCUACUCUGCAGCAGAAGUCUCAGGAAGCUCUGCUCCGGCGCCGGGAGCAGCAGCUGGCAGCGCGUGAGAUCGACGUGCUGGAGCGAGAGCUGAACCUCUUGAUCUUCCAGCUGAACCAGGAGAAGCCGCAGGUGAAGAGGAGGAAGGGCAAAUUCAGGAGGAGCCGCUUGAAGCUCAAAGAUGGACAUCUCAUCAGUCUCCCCUCAGAUUUCCAGCACAAGAUAACCGUGCAGGCCUCACCCAGCCUGGACAAGCGCAGGAGUCCGGACAGCAGGAGCCGCAGCCCGCCCAGCAGCCCCGCCAUGCUGCCCCGGCUGCGGGCCAUCCAGCUGACUUCAGAGGAGAGCAAUAAAACGUGGGGGAGGAACGCAGCCUUUCAGCAAGGAGAAUUUGGAGAUAUUGGAAGGAAUUUCAAGAGAAAGGGUUGUACGUGGGGACCAAACUCAGUUCAAAUGCAAGAAAGAGCCGAUAUCAGAGAGAGGAUCAGGCCUCUCUCGGAUGGAAACAGCCCUUGGUCGUUUCACUUAAUAAAAAGUCAGAAAUCCACGCCGUUGGCUUCGUUAUUUGUGGACCAGCCAGGGUCCUGUGAGGAGCCAGCCCCUUCCCCUGGCGGGUCCGAACGCAGAAGACCAAAGCCAGUGAAGGUGCCCGGACAGGCCUGCGUUGACCUGCCUCUUUGGAAAGAUGGUCAGAAAGAGAAGCUGGCGGAGGCUGAGAGCCAAGAGGAGGGGCCCCCGGCCAGCCCUGCCACGGGCUCCUCUCGGGUGAUGCCUGUGGCCAGCCUGCAGGGACCACCCCAGAGAAGGAAAACAGACACGGCCUUGUACAGGUGCACGGCGUUGCUGGCCUCGGUGGCUUUGGGGCUGGAUGUCAGGGACCUUGGCAGAGCGCAGGCUGCUGAAGAACCGCUGCCCAGGGAGGAGAAGAAGAAGCGAGAGGGGCCCCUGCAGUGGGCCACCAGGUCCCGCACGAGUGCCAGCCCACCCCCGAGGCUGCCGAGCCCCUCCGCCUCGCUGCCAGGCGCUCCCGGCCCUCCCUCCACACCCUCUCUGGCCACCAGGUGCUGGCUACAGACAGACGGCCGUGAGCCACCCAAGGGCAGCACGCGUGUCCCUGGGGACCCCGAGGUGCCUGCUCUGGAUUUCUGUCCCUCCACUCUGGGCUGCAGCUGUGCUCCUGGGGCCUCUGAACUGCCACCUCCGGCCUCCCCUGGCCCUGCUUGCGACUCACAAAGCGAGGUCCCUCCUGAGCAGCAGCCAGCUGUCAUGGUCAUGCCUUGGCCGCCCCCUGCUUCCUCAAGAAGCCCAUCCAGUGUGCCACAGGCUGUCCCACCGAGGGCAGGGUCCCUUCCUGCGUGGGUGGUUGAUGGUGGCCACACAGGACCAGGCCCCACCUGCCGCCUUGGUGCCCAGGACAAAACUAGGUUCCAGGCACCGUCCUUGCUGGACGCCGGUGUGGAAGGGCCAACCAGGGAGGGCAUAGUGCCCCUGUGCGGUUUGCAGAGUGCGGCUCGCCCAUCGGCCGUCUGUGCCCUGGAGAGGAAGUUUCUGACCUAG